UCUUAAUCUUAAAACUAAAAUCAACCAGUUGUCGCCCCUCUCUCAAUCAUGAAAUCACUCUUUCGCUUUUGAAAGUGCCGGAGUAAUCUGGCAACACAAACUAAAACACUCCCCCGUGACACUGUACACUGUAAAUAUUUCAAAUAUUUAACCUUUAUAGCUUAGCGAAAUUAUGUUAUGCGCGAAGUCCACUUCUAUUCGAUAGAAAAGCAAUGUUACUUUACUUUAACACUAGGUCAGCAGGUGAUUUAUAGUCAUUGAGGUUUAAAAAAACAUUAUGAGAGCGACUGAAGACCUCUCAGGAAGGGUUGGGCACCUUUGCUAAACCAACGGAUGUGUCUUUAGGCAAAUUGUUUGAGUCUGACAUUCAAGUUUUGUAACUUUACCUUACGUUUGUGGUGCAGAUUUAUUUUGUUUAAAUAUGCGAAAACGAUCGCGAUAUAAACUUUUGACGUACUUUGCUGGAGCUGGAUUAAUAACAUUUGUAGUUACCCUCGUUCUUAACAACACAAUACGGCUGUCUAUGCCGAAGAAGACUCCAACACCCAAAGAGCUCUAUGACGUGAUCUCACCGUCAACAUACAGAUUCAUUCUGAAUCAACCAGAAUUGUGUUUGAAGAAGAGUCCUUUCCUGGUCCUUAUGAUCCCAGUGACUCUCAAAGACACAGAGGCAAGGACUGCUGUUAGGAGGACAUGGGGUCAAUAUGGCUUGAUUCCUCACGUGACCAUUUUGCAUUUGUUUGUCGUUGGUCAGCCCGCACAAAGUGACCCAUUACUGCAGGAGCACCUUGAGAAGGAGAGCAAAGAAUAUGGUGACAUCAUACAAAUGGACUUUGUGGACAGCUACCAUAAUCUCACAAUCAAGACGAUGAUGAUUAUGAACUGGAUAGCCACUUUCUGCCAGGAUGCCCAGUAUGCCAUGAAAAUCGAUGCAGAUAUCUUUCUCAAUGUGCAUUACCUGGUGGACUACCUGCAUGGCCAGGGCGAGUCCUCAAGGAAAGACUACAUCACUGGAUCAGUCAUCUCAGAUGCUUCUCCUCACAGGGACAGUUUCAACAAGUGGUAUAUCUCAGAGGAUCUUUACUCAGACACCUGGUAUCCUCCAUACCUGUCUGGAGCUGCAUACGUCUUUUCUACUGACCUGGCCAGGAAAAUAUCAUGGGCCUCUAGAUUUGUGCGACCAAUUCCACUUGAAGAUGUCUACGUGGGGUUGUGCCUGCAUGUUCUGGGUGUAAAACCAGCAUACGCAACAAGAUUUCUGGGACUUAGGAAUCUUUUUGAGGUGCGCAGACUUAAAUAUGAAAGGUGCACCUUUGCCAAGUGCAUUAUUGUGAAUGGCUUUAACCCACAGAAUCUUCUCCGCAUCUGGCAUGACUUUCAGAAGUCAUAUAAUACAUGUUGAUACCCUUAUACAAAUAACUAAAAUUGUGAUUUCAGUAACUUGAAGCUGCUAAACAUAUGUGUUGUAUUUGCUA